CCCCAGUCAAGAACUUAAAUUUGGCUCCAGUUGGCCAUGAAGGCCAUGAACAACUUAACAUUUCUGGCAAAUUGUGCCAUGGUUACUUGGCUGGCGUACUGAGACUCAUGAUCAAUCCCUUGUUUGCCUUUUUCGCUUGGUCAAACUUCUUUACCAGUCUUGGCUUUAAUGCCCCCUUCCUCUAUGCCGUAGAUCGAGCCCAACUUGCUGGCGUGGAACCAAAGCGAGCCAGCUACCUUAUUUCAGCAAUCGGUGUUGGCAACAUGAUCGGUAGAUUAAUAUUUGGCGCUGUGUCAAGUCGAGUAUCCGCCAAGAGCAGAGUGCACAUCUAUAAUGCUAGUCUAGUGGUCUGUGGUUUAGUGACAGCCUUAAGUUGUUUCGCUACGGUCUACUCUGGAAUGGUGGCCUUUUCAGCGGCUUUCGGAAUUUUGAGUGGUUUGUUUAUUAUAUUUUUAUAUGAUCUGCAUACUUUUUAUUUCGUUUGGAGUAGAGGCUCUAAGACAUCUGUAAAUUGGCUUUAUGAGAAAUUUAAAGAUUUCUUCCAACAUAUCACACAUCCUCCUUCGGUUUCUGGUGAGGCCAAUUUACACAUCUCCACCUUCCUGUGCAAAGAAAAAUAUAAAGUUAUGAACAAUGUAAAUUUAUUAGAUGAUUCCUUGAAACUCAACUUCUCUUCAUAUAUUUUUACACUAUAUAUUGGUAGCAUAUGCAAGGCUUAG